AUGGCAUUCAUUGUAGAGUCUACUCAGCGUGCAGUCUGCGCUUGUAGAAGGAUCGUGGUUAUAGAGAACCAGCCCGCUCUUAUAGAUGAGGCUUCGGUGAAGGAGCAGUGGCAGGGUCUUCGCGAUGCCCUGGAAUCAUUAUUGUCUUUGAUAACAGCCCAUAGAACUGAAAUUGGCGCUUUACACGUAUUGGACUUAUGUGACAGGCUCCUCAGUGUUACUAGAAACCUGGCUACUAAGCAGGUGGUCAUAUCGUUUGGGCUAGCGGGGUUAGGGCAGCUUCUAGAUAACGAUUCAUCUGAGUUGAGAGUUCAAGAGUGCGCGGACAUAUUUGUCAAACUUUUCACUAAGCUACCACCAACUGAUAAAGCAAAUGCGCCACCAGAUUGUCAAGAACUAUUACAGGCCUUGCUAUCAUGUAGACUAAUCUUCUCACCCAAUUAUAUGCCUUCCCAAGUACUGCAAUCUGUAGCUGAUAGAUUGGAAUAUUUUAUUCUCAAUUCUACGACAACCAACUCUAAUGCUUCCGAGGAGCACACACUUCUUGUUGAAUUGUAUUGUACUUUACUUACCCAAGAACCUUCAGACCGUAGCGUCUUUUCGGCUAUUUUUUCCAAGCAAAUCAACAUAGAACUUAUGAUUAGAGUACUUAUUAUGGCCCGUCCAUGCUUCAAAGAAAAAGAGCUGGAUGCUGCCUUGUCACAGGUGAUGAAGCAUGUGUUCUCCUCUCCGUCAGUCUCAGCACACACGAUCCUUUGCCUCGGCGAGCUUCUCUAUGACACUGGAAACCCUGGUCUCUGCGAUCUUUUUGGAAUGCUGAUUGAUGGAUUGGUACAACCCACUGUAAAGGCGUUGGACAAUACAACCACUCUAAAUAUUGAAACAUCUGAUAAAGCCCUUACUAGACCUCAGGAAACGCUAGAGCUAAAAAGAGAGAACUUUGAUGCCUUGCUUACCUACUUGCAAGUGCCCACAAAUGUAUUGCGGGAACCACUAACAAACUACCUUCUUGAUUCACUACUUGCUAUGCUCAAUCUUAACGAGAUGAGUGAGCCUAAUACCAUCACUCUCGCUCUACUAUAUUUUAAGCUUUUAGCGCAAACAGACGUCUACUCCAACAUCUUCUAUACAAGCGAUGUCUAUCUCUGGCUUGCAAGCAAGCUCAGCACCUUAAGUUGUGAAGAGGUGAUUGCUCACCCAUAUUGGUAUGAACAUAAUUCAUUGAUGCAUGGGUGUCAUGCAUGCACUCACUGUCCAGAUACUAGGUCCAUUCGACCACAGCUAGCAGACAUAAUACGGAUUGUAGCUAAAGCACUGCCAAUACACAUGUUUUCCCAAAUUAUUGAGGCAACAGCCAAGGAUACUUUCAGUCGAGCUAUCUUUCUGGGUAACGUACUCAUUUCCAACACUUACUACACCGAUCAUGAAGCUCUUGUUAAAGAACUUCUAGAUAGCUUUAAUAUCAUCAUCCACUGCCAUCCCGUUCCAUUUCUUGUUGAACUAGCAGAUAGCAUUAUAGAAUGGAUUUCUAGUCUGUUAAAUCCAAGUGAAAUAUCAACUGAUAAGGCUUUAUUAUUGAUAAUGUGUACAUUCUAUAGCCAUUCUGUCUCGAAGAAACAUCAAUACGGUAAAAGCAUGGAAGACUACUCUGCAGCAGCUAUUGAGUAUGUUAGCAUGGCGUUUUUUGAGGCUUUCCAUUUGUCUACGGAUGCUCUAAAUUUGUCCAUUAAGUCUCUUUUGGUUAUUUUCACAAUAGCUCUGCAUUACGCACCCAUAUCGUCAUUGUCCCUUAUUGUGGGGGUUCGUGACACACUUAUAGGUAGAUGGAAUAAGAUUGUAGCCAUUGAAGGCUCAGUCUUCAAUCAGACAAAUUUCUGUUUGUAUGUAUCACUUUUGGCUAUCGUUGAAUAUCACAGACGAAUUGUGGAUCCUAUCAUUCUGAUUGUGAAUACUCAGCUACAGGAGUAUCCCAACCUGGACUUAUGUCAGGAGCUCUCUUCCAUGUACUAUCCGCAAGACUUGACUGAAGAGGGAUUUAAUAGAUAUAAUGACGGGGAGAAUGUUGCUCUUCUUACACCCUUUGGUCACGCACUUUUGAUAAGUGAUUGGAGUAAGCCUGGGGCCAAGUUCUCUGCACACUACCUGUCUGCGCUAUCCUCCUUUGGAGACUCUCUUGCACUGAUCCUUCCUAUCCUUAUACGAGGCUUGAAUGACACCUCAGACAGUCAGGAUACUGCCACUGCAGUGUUGGUUGCUCUGUUUGGCACGGUUCAUGUACAGAUAAAGGCAGCCCUACAGCUCUUUUCACUCUCCCAAAUCCCCCUUCCGUACAAGCUAGCAUAUCGUAUAGACCCUUAUCACAACGCUAUGAUGCCACGUGGUUACAAGAGCAAUGAGCCACGAGCAGAAGACCAGACAUACAACCUCUUGCUCUCCUUGUGUAUAAAAGCCUCGACACUCUUUGUCGAUGAGAACGGACACACACGUCUGCAGGCAGCCGAUAUAGAUUGGUUGUCCCUGUUCAGGAAUGGACACGAUGCUUCCCGUACCAUUCUCCAUAACUGCUUCGAUGCAUUUCUCUUCCGUGCCCAGCAAGCAGCUAUCACCCAAGAAGAUCUCCUUCUCCUGAUUGGGGGCCUAUCAUUUGCAGAGGCUCUGUUUGAGCUCGAUGCAGAAUAUUUGCGCUCUAAAAAGGCUAUCAUUUGCAAUACGUUACGCUAUUUGCUCCUUUCUUGCUCUGCUCUUCCACCUCCCCAUAUCUUAUACUUGCUUCAAUGUAGAACAGAGGAUCCUAAUUUCAAAGCAUCCUUUGCUGAUAUGCUUUCUUUAGUUCGCUCUGGGGGGCUAUAUGAUCAAAAAAUCUUGAUCAGCCUAAAGAAAAAUAAAGCCCUUGUCAAAUUGCUUGAUGUAUCUGUAAGUCUAUUUGCACAAAUUUCCCAAGAUUUUGCCGAAGCCGCACCGCCCACGUCGGUCCUGGAUAUUCUUUCAUUCUUCUCUUGCAAAUACUAUGACAGGAAAAUUACUGACGUUGUACACUCUACUCUAAAGUUGUUUAUUGCAAAGUACCACCCAUGGAGCCAAGGAGAAUGCCCCCCGGAGGAAACAAUAGAAGGCGCCGCUGCGCGCCUAUCGAUUUAUGAUGAUGGGGUAUCGAUUGAGCAAGGGGAUAUGAAGCAAUGGGCUAAGACUGUUCUGGCAAUGAAGGAGCUUUUUGAGACAUAUGAAAGCCUUGACGUGCAGGCUCCCAAUUCUCCGAAUGGGCUGCUUCUACAGCAAUAUUUGGAUCCAUCCGUGUGGCAGGUAUACUCCAGCGCAUCACAAAAUGCAAUUGAUAUCUUAGGACAAGGUCGCGAUGCCCAAACCUUCGUCGAGCGGAAGCACGGUAACCUCGAACGUCAGAGAGCAUGCCUCUAUAUACUUAUCGAUGAAGAGAUAAGAAGAACACUACAGUCAUUUAUAGAAGGCAAUUAA